UUUGUAGCUAAAGACUAAAAUUUUCAGAUUAGCUAACUCUUCCCAUCUUAAAAACUACUUAGCCGUUGACCACCUUGUUUUAUUAACCGAAUUUGUAUUCUACGCCAUUGGAGCUUCACAGCGAGGUGCUAUUCCUGCCCUUUGGCUCCCAAUGUCUUUCUUCUUGAACUGGUCUGUAUUUCCUGUUUACAUCCAUAGGGAAACUAAAGGAUCUUUAGAUAAUUUCACCAUGAGAAGAGCCUAAGAUUGGUAGCUAGAUUUGAGAAAAGCUUAGGUUUCUGUUCAGGAGUUGAGACUAUGGAAAUCGCUUUGUCUAAGAAAUUUCUGUGUGCUUGCACAGUUCAGCGAUCCCUCGUAAGCUCUGUGGGCAUCAUGGUUUUGUUUCUUAUCACAGCGUCGUGGUUUCUUGUUUCUUCCAGAAGUUCAAUAUUUCCAUUAAGUGUAAAAGUUGCAGAAGAUAUUCAAAAUACAGAGAAUACUACUAAGAUGGGUUCAGGAAAUCACGGCGAUGGCCAGCUAAUUUUGGACGCCAGAGAUAUCCCUUUCGCGGAAUCUAAGAAGUCGAGGAAGGCUGAGGCUGGAGAUUGUGAUCUAUACCAUGGAAAAUGGAUAUACGACCCCACUGGACCUCUUUAUACAAACAUCACUUGUCCUGUUUUGACACAAUCACAGAACUGUCAGGGCAAUGGGAGACCAGACAAGGACUAUGAGAACUGGAGAUGGAAGCCAGAUCAAUGCAAUAUCCCCCGAUUUGACGCCAGAAAAUUCUUAGAAAUGAUGAAGGGAAAGAUACUGGCCUUCAUUGGAGAUUCAGUUGCUCGAAAUCAAAUGGAAUCUAUGCUUUGUAUUUUAUGGCAGGUAGAAGCUCCAAGAAUGCGUGGUAAUCGACGAAUGCACAGAUGGCACUUCAGGUCCACCUCCACCACCAUUGUGCGCAUAUGGUCCUCGUGGCUCGUCCACAAGUCGGCUUCUCGAGGGAUAGUUAGGGUUCAUCUCGACAAACCAGAUGAAGCCUUCUUUGAACUCCUUCCGAUGUUUGAUGUAGUCGUCCUCUCUUCAGGCCACUGGUUCUCCAAGGGAUCUAUCUACCUCCUCAAUGGCGAGAUUGUUGGAAGCCAGCUCAAGCAUUCUGAUCGAAAUCCAAGAAAUCAUAUCAACAGCAUGAAUGCUUACAAUAUAGCGACGGAGACAGUUCUAACUGCAAUAGCAACUCAUCCAAACUACACAGGCAUAACGAUUCUCCGAACUUAUUCACCAGAUCAUUACAACAGAGGCUCUUGCAGUAACAAUGCGGAACCUGCAAGAAAACUUGCAGGAAAUGGACAUACUGUGAUGAUGCAUGACAAACAGGUUGAAAGCUUCAAAGCAGCUGUCAAGAAGGUGAGCAAUGGUUCCAAGUUAAGGUUGAUGGACAUCACAGAGGUCUUUGGAUACCGGCACGAUGGGCAUCCAGGGCGAUAUGGGAAUCCAGAUGCAAAGAAUUUGAUGGGGAGACAUAUCGGUGGGAGGAGACAGAGUGAGGAUUGUUUACAUUGGUGCAUGCCGGGACCAGUGGAUAUCUGGAAUGAGAUUUUGUUUGAGAUCUUAAAAAGGGAAUUGUAGUGAGAGCUGAAAGCCGAAGCAGAGCAAUGAAGACAAGAAAGAACAAGAAGACGGUGAAUAAGGAAGAAAAGAAUUUUAUUAUGAUAUCUUAACAGAGAGUACAAUGCUACUAAUAUAGAGUUAUAUAUAGGCAAAAGUAAUAGCACCAAUAGGGUGAAUACACGUGUAAAGUAAUAAAAGAAACUAAAAUAAUAGAAACUAAGUUUUCUGUUUAAUAUCCCCCCUCAAGAUGAUGUAUCCAGCGGUUGCAUUA